CUAUCAAUGCCAAUCAGUGCCACCUAUCAGUGCUGCCAUCAGUGCCACUUCAGUGCCUCCUCAUCAGUGCCCAUCAGUGCCACCUAUCAGUGUCCAUCAGUGCAGCCUAUCAGCGCCCAUCACUGCAGCCUCAUAACGCACAUCAGUGAAGGAGAAAAAUCACUUAUUUACAAAAUUGUAUAACAAAAUCUAAGAAAAACUUUUUUUUUU